GUCAUUUAUUCUCUUUCUCUCCACUCCCCCCGGGGGUUUCCCCGCCAUUGUGGGGAGUUAACAUUGGGUGAACCCCACAUGGAGUACCAGUCACGCGGCGCCUUCAUUUUUCUCUUCUUUUCCGCGUGGACCAGGGCGAAUGGUUCGGCUUGGCGGCGUCGAGGUGGUAUUGAUGCUGGGAAGAGGUACAUGAAAAACUGGAGAAUGAUGGAAGAGGAGUCCAGGCACCACGUGGGCAGCUCUGGCUGCCAACACGGUCGGAAAAGGGGAUCCGUGACCGCGACGGUGAAGUGAUGGUCGUAUAAAUACCCGACGGUUCUGGCUCCCAAUGGCGGUCCGCUGCUGCACCAUGCUCGACCGGCACGGCAGUAUCGUGGAUUGGCCCCUUUAGCAAGUUUUAUUUCGCUCGUCAGUCAUGUAUCGUGCGCUCGUACUUGGUGCCGGUUUGGCCCAAGGAGCCGUCGGCGCCGCCACGGGUUGCUUCCAGAUGCUCCCUCGCGCUCAAAACAGCAGCCUGGCACCUUCCAAAGACCGCUGGCCUGGUGGUCUGCAUCUGGCUGUGGACUACUACCCGUCGCAAUGGCCAGAGUUCAUGUGGGAGCCUGAUGUAGCUCGGAUGCGCGAUGCCAACAUCUCGUACGUCCGGGUCAGCGAGUUCGACUGGGCUGUCUUGGAACCAACAGAAGGCAACUAUAACUUCACUCUUCUUGACAAGACGCUCGAGUUGUUCGAAAAGUAUGGCCUCAAGGCCAUCGUUGGAACCCCCACUGCUGGGCCGCCCAACUGGCUGACGGAAAAGUAUGAUGUCGACUUCGUCGACCGUACCAAUGCCACAUUGCAGUUUGGUUCGCGUCGGCACUACAGCUUCUCGUCGUUCGACUACCGCGUUAAGAGCCAGAAGAUCACGCAGAAGAUGGCUGAGCGGUACGGCACCAGUUCCACCGUGGUUGGCUGGCAAUUGGACAACGAGUUCGGAUGCCAUGACACGGUGCGCAGCUACGACCACAAUGCUAUCACGCGGUUCCGCACCUGGCUGAAGGAGAAGUACGGCACCAUUGAGGCCAUGAACGACGCUCAAGGUCGCGUCUUUUGGUCUCAGGGAUAUGAGAACUUCGAGGCGGUACAGCCGCCCUUCUUGGAGGUGUACACCAAUAACUACGCUCACACUCUGGACUGGUACACCUUCAGCUCCGAUAUGGUUAUCGACUUUGCCAAGGAGCAAGCCUCCAUCCUUAAGCAGUACGCCCCUACUCACGCUGUCACGACCAACCUCAUGAUGUCCUACACCGACUUUGACCACUACAAGUUUGCUCGCGAGGUGGGCAUCGACUUCGCCACAUUCGACGAGUACCCUCUCGCAGCCCCCAGCCAGUUCUCCUGGCUCUCCGACACAGAGCUGGCCGACUACCUCCGCACCGGCCUGCCUGACUACCAAGCCCUGCACCACGCUCUCUACCGCGGCAUCGCCGGCGCCGCCUACAACGCUACCGCGGGCCCCUUCGGUGUCAUGGAGAUGGAGCCCGGCGUGCUGAAUUGGAACAACUACCGUGUGUCCCCCAUCGAGGGCAUGGUCCGCCUCUGGACACACGAGACCUUUGCCGAAUCAGGUGAUCUGGUCAACUACUUCCGCUGGCGCCAAGUGCCCUACGCGCAGGAACAGACCCUAUCCGGUCUUUUCCUGUCCGAUAACACGGAAGACGGUGGCUUCGUCGAGCAGCAAGUUAUGGCCAACGAGGACCUGCCCAAGCUGCGCGAAGCCGGCAGUGGUGAUGCUCUUGAGCCUCAGCGCGACGUUGCUCUCGUCUUUGACUACGCUUCCCACUGGGUCUGGGCCAUUGAGCCCUACAGCGGGAGCUGGGACGUCAAGCAAGCGGGUUACACGAGCCCGACGCUUAAGUACUUCGACCUCGUGUAUACCUUCUACUCGUCUCUCCGCCGCUUGGGUCUAUCCGUCGAUGUCAUCGGCCCCGACCAGCCCCUCGACGGCUACAAAAUGGUCGUCGUCCCCAGUCUGCCCAUCAUCCCGGACACCUUCGACUCCGCUCUAUCCUCGUACACCGGCCCCGUCGUCGUAGGACCGCAUACCGGCUCCAAGACCCCCGACUUCGCUGCCGCACCGGGCUUGAACCCCUCCGCUGGCGCUCUGCGCGAGAAACUGCCUAUGCGCGUUACUCGCGUCGAGACCCCGCCCGAAUACGCCCUCAGCGCCGUGUCCUACAACGGGACCACGUACAACAUCUCCGCCUGGGAGGAAACCAUCGUCUGCUCCCGAGAUAAUGCGACCAGCACCGCAUCCAUUACUUCAGGCUCACGGCACCGCAAGGGAAAGCCUGCGGCGUGCACCAAGGAUGGCGCGCAUUAUCUUGCUUUUAGCCCACCGGCCGAUUUGCUCGUUGCGUAUUUGGGUGAUGUGGCUGCGGGGGCGGGGAUAAAGGAUUUGGCGGGACGCACGCCGGGGGUGCAGAACGAUUUGGGCGCGACGAUGAGGUUGGCGAAACGGGGGGAUUUGCUGUGGGCCUUUAAUUAUGGGGUUGAAGAAGCGGCGGCGCCGGAGGUGGAGGGCGAGUUGUUGAUCGGGGAGGCGGGGGAUGUGCCAGCUGCCGGGGUGGUUGUGUGGAAGGUUUAGAUCUGAAGGGAGGUGGGACGAUGGGACGAUGAGACGAUGUAAUGAUUCGACAUGGGAUGAUGGAGUAUUAUAAAUAUUAACUAGCGAGAUUAUAGUCGUGUAAUAAUUAUAGAUCCC